ACUUGGCCUGCGCCCGCCCGGGUCCGCGUGCUGGUGGCUGGCCCGCGGGAGGAGCGAAGCGGGGCUCGGCGGGCUGAAACCCGAAACCUCCAGUCCCGGAGCGCGGCGGGGAGGAAGGAAGCGGCGGCGGCGGUGGCCGAGGCGGGGAGGCGGCUGGGCCGGGGCCUGAGCUGCCGCGGCGGCCGCUCCUCGGUGAGCACCCGGCGUGGGGCGCGGGCGCGGGCCCGGGCGGAGAGGGCGGUCGGGAUGGAGCCAGGCGAAACUCAUUGUGCGAGGCUCAGGGCUCAGGGCGCGGGCCGGGAAGGGUCCCCGCCCCCACGGCGCUCCCUUUCUCCCCGCGCCCCUCUCGGAGGUCAGGGCUGUCCUCCGCCCGCACUGCGCCUUGCUUUGGAGAGCUGGAGCUCUUUGUGGGAAGAUGUUGGGGGCGCGCCCCUCCCCUGCGGCCUGGGGCUUCUGAGAGGCCCACCCCAUUCUGCUGGGUGCAGCCCGUCCCGUUUCUCCGGCGCCGCCCGAAGCCCCUAAACAGUCCGCUGGAUGGGAGGGCGUAGGUGCGUGCCCGGGACUCUGCCGAUGCGGGCCGCGCCCCCUGGGGCCAAGAGACUCCACGUCCGGCUCAGGGCAAAGGGUGUGGGGAGAAGCGGUCACGCCCCUCGGCUGGAAUCCGUGAGGACCAGUCGUCCAGCAUGCUCUGCCCACCCCACGCCGAGGUGCACUGACCAUGAGCCUCAACUCCUCCCUCGGCUGCAGGAAGGAGCUGAGUAAUCUCACUGAGGAGGAGGGUGGCGAAGGGGGCGUCAUCAUCACCCAGUUCAUCGCCAUCAUUGUCAUCACCAUUUUUGUCUGCCUGGGAAACCUGGUCAUCGUGGUCACCUUGUACAAGAAGUCCUACCUCCUCACCCUCAGCAACAAGUUCGUCUUCAGCCUGACCCUGUCCAACUUCCUGCUGUCCGUGUUGGUGCUGCCUUUUGUGGUGACGAGCUCCAUCCGCAGGGAAUGGAUCUUUGGUGUAGUGUGGUGCAACUUCUCUGCCCUCCUCUACCUGCUGAUCAGCUCGGCCAGCAUGCUAACCCUUGGGGUCAUUGCCAUCGACCGCUACUAUGCUGUCCUGUACCCCAUGGUGUACCCCAUGAAGAUCACAGGGAACCGGGCUGUGAUGGCACUUGUCUACAUCUGGCUUCACUCGCUCAUCGGCUGCCUGCCACCCCUGUUUGGUUGGUCAUCCGUGGAGUUUGACGAGUUCAAAUGGAUGUGUGUGGCUGCUUGGCACCGGGAGCCUGGCUACACGGCCUUCUGGCAGAUCUGGUGUGCCCUCUUCCCCUUUCUGGUCAUGCUGGUGUGCUAUGGCUUCAUCUUCCGCGUGGCCAGGGUCAAGGCACGCAAGGUGCACUGUGGCACAGUCGUUAUCGUGGAGGAGGAUGCUCAGAGGACCGGGAGGAAGAACUCCAGCACCUCCACCUCCUCUUCAGGCAGCAGGAGGAAUGCCUUUCAGGGUGUGGUCUACUCGGCCAACCAGUGCAAAGCCCUCAUCACCAUCCUGGUGGUCCUCGGUGCCUUCAUGGUCACCUGGGGCCCCUACAUGGUUGUCAUCGCCUCUGAGGCCCUCUGGGGGAAAAGCUCCGUCUCCCCGAGCCUGGAGACUUGGGCCACAUGGCUGUCCUUUGCCAGCGCUGUCUGCCACCCCCUGAUCUAUGGACUCUGGAACAAGACAGUUCGCAAAGAACUACUGGGCAUGUGCUUUGGGGACCGGUAUUAUCGGGAACCAUUUGUGCAACGACAGAGGACUUCCAGGCUCUUCAGCAUUUCCAACAGGAUCACAGACCUGGGCCUGUCCCCACACCUCACUGCGCUCAUGGCAGGCGGACAGCCCCUGGGGCACAGCAGCAGCACGGGGGACACUGGCUUCAGCUGCUCCCAGGACUCAGGGACAGAUACGAUGCUGCUUGAGGACUACACGUCUGAUGACAACCCUCCCUCUCACUGCACUUGCCCACCCAAGAGAAGGAGCUCGGUGACAUUUGAGGAUGAAGUGGAACAAAUCAAAGAAGCUGCCAAGAACUCGAUUCUUCAUGUGAAAGCUGAAGUACACAAGUCCUUGGACAGUUACGCAGCAAGCUUGGCCAAAGCCAUUGAGGCCGAAGCCAAAAUCAACUUAUUUGGGGAGGAGGCUUUGCCAGGGGUCUUGGUUACAGCACGGACUGUCCCGGGGGGCGGCUUUGGGGGCCGCCGAGGCAGCAGAACUCUUGUGAGCCAGAGGCUGCAGUUGCAGAGCAUCGAAGAAGGAGAUGUUUUAGCUGCCGAGCAGAGAUGAGGGCCUCAGGGUGCCGUGGGGCUGCAGCCUGAGAGGCUGGCCCGGGGAGGAGUUCCCAUCACUGCCUGUGCCGCGGCCUUGGGAGCAUGUCACUGUGUACAGCUGGCCACACACAGGGAAGAAGCAGCAUCUGGUAUGCAGCCACCAGGACAAGGACUGAAAAUAAUGUCUACAGUCCACAGCUUCAGCGUUUCCAGAGACCACAUGUGAGCUUCUUUUAGGUCCCAGUGAUGGGACCAGAAGCAUCUAAAGCAAAACAAAAAACAAAAAACAAAAAACAUCUAGAGAUGCGGCUGUGGCUUUUUGGGAGGUGGGGCAUGGGAGGACCAGAGACGAAGGGCUUGGAAGGAGACCCCCACAUGCAUCAUUUCCUCUUCUUCACAGUGUGCUGGGAGUCCAGCCGUGCACUGUGCCAGACGCCUCAGGAGGAGAACCCUCCCCAGUGUACUGUGGAGGAUGACACAGCACUUCUUCCUAAUGACACGCGACCGUCCUGGUGCCUCUACAUGGUUGAUGCAGGCAGUGUGGGACCCUCAGUUCUAGGACUGGUCCGCAGAGAAAGCACCCAGGAGCAGAGCGCUUCGGAGCGGUCCUCAGUGGCGCCACCUGCUGGUGCUAAUAGGGACAGCCACAGGCCUCUUGAAGACUGGCCCACCCUGCCUACUUCCCUACUGACAAGUUCUUUGGUAUUUCAAAAGGGAGAAACCACUAUAAAAGACAAGAGGAAGGGCAGGUACUAGGUGUUUCAUUUCCAGAAUUUAAAAAAAAAUCCAUUUAAGACGUACCACUAUUUUACCGGACUGAAUGGGACUGUAGUGCCAAGCACAGCCAGGAAAUAGAGAAACUGUUAUUAUGGAAGAGAAUUUGUUCACAUGGGAAAGCCUCAUUAAAUAGAUUCUAUGUGUGAUGUUUGAGUGACCAAUGAAAAUAGCUGGCCUCAGUUCUGCAUGGCACACUCCCAAGAGCAACAGUUACUAUUAUCACAAGCCUGGCAUAAAAUAAGAUAGAAGCAGCCCUGGACCCACAGCCUGCAACCUGGGUUAUUGGCCCAGCUCUGUCUUUGUGUGCACAUGUCAUUUGGGACAUCUUGUCACCUUUCUAGGUCCUCUGUAAAGUGGGAAAACGGAGUGGAGUUGGAUUGAAUGGUCUCCAAGAUCAUUUCCAGCUCUGACCUUUGGUGUUCUCAGGAUUUGUAAAGCAGAGAUAGGUAAAACACAAAAGCAGACCCACGGACCGACCUUUGUAUAACUUUGGAGUGUGGUUGCUCAUGCACAUGUGAAGUGCAGGCAGAUCAAGGUUCUGUGGCCUUGUCUGCCCUGUCCAUUAGAGCACAAUCUGGAUAGAAUGCCAGCCACCAAGAUGCAUGAGGGGCAGGGUCACCAUCUCAGAAGGGGAAGCACAGGAAUGUGAUUGGGAUGGUUAAACCUCUCUUUUCCUCCCUUUGUGCUGGAACAGCAGUUGAAGUUUGGUCCUGGAGUAAUUGCUGUGAUGACUUGGGAAGCCACUGAUCUCCUCUUGUGUCUGCCCUUGGCCUGCAUCAUGACUAAAUAAGUUCAGGACUUCUCUGCUUUGGUUGGCAGAAGGUAGAUUCCAAGGAGAUCCUGCUGGUUGCUAAGAGGCAGCUGUUCUAGAAAGUGAAUUACCCUUGUGGUUUUUUCUUUGGGGCCCAGCUAGCUCCUGGUGAGGUUGUGUUUUUGUGUUGUGUGGCAGAAACCAAUGGUUAGCUGGUCCCCUGGUCUGCAGUUUGUAAAAGACCUUUCAUGAGGCCUGGAGUCUUGCUACCUGUGGUGAUUGAACUCAACUAUUCUGGGUCACCUGGAUGCCAGCCACUGGCCUAGCUUCUGGAUGGGAGUGGGAAGGAGCAGAGGGCAGGUUCACCUGUGCAGGUCAGACACUCCGCUUCCAUCACUGGAUGGCAUUCCUACGUCUGCGUGUGGUUCACGUUUUCUAUAUAUAUUCCCUGUAUAUAUUUUUUCUAGCACUUGUCUACUUUCUGAAGGGACCAUAUUCCUGAUCAACUAGUGUGCACAGAGGUGGAACAGGGCAGAGAGACCUUUAUCUCUAGGAUGGGUUGCUGGUUAGGUGUAGGCGUUCUUGAGUGCAGCAGCUUGGCUUUGAAACGCAAGGGUUGAAGAAUGUUCCCCUGACUGUACUAGACUGGGCUCUAGGGAAAGAAUCCUGAGACAGCCCCCCACUCCCCCACUGACCCCACACUAGCUGGGAUAUUAUAGAAUUUAAUCUAAAUAAAUCUAGAAAUACUGCAUUUCACAAAAUGAUUCACUGUUUCCCUUUUUUUACUGAGGUCCAAUUCAUUUAGUCGUCUACCAGACACUGCACAUCCAGUGUAUGCGAAGCACCAGGCUAGGCUCUGUAGGCAAUACCACUAAAGUAUGCACUCUGAUUUAGGGAGCAGGACCUGUGGAUACCGAUUCUAAUAACUAGCGAAGUCAAGUCGUGGUUAUAGAAAGAAGAGUGGCUUCAGAGGGAGGUGGGUAUUUCCAACUACGGAGUUAGGGAUGGCUCCAUGAGAUAAGUGACAGUUUGAGCUAAGUCUUGAAGGAUGCUUGGCAGCUAGAACCAUAUUUUUCAUAUUCAGGAAUUCAAAUUUGCCUUUAUUCAGCUAGAGAGAAAGAGAGAAGGGGGGGUGGGGGAGAAGGAAAAGAGAAUUUUCACACAUUCUGAAGUUCCUGAGAGCAUUUUUGAGGAUAUCUGCCGUUAGUGCAGAAGGUCAAAACCCCAAGUGCCCCCACUAAACCCAGGCUCUUUAGCUGUAAACUGCCAUGCAGUGGCAGGCCUGCAGCCUUCCUGAUGGGACCACAUGGACAGUGGCACAUGGGACAUUUGGCUACUCGUUAGCUUAAACAACUCAGUCCUGUGUCUUCUGGUUUUGACAAGACCACAUUUAGGACUGCUGCCCACCUCUGCCUCUUUCAUUGAGAUUUCCGCCUUAUUGGGUCCCUGUGCUAUGCCACAGAUACCAGGUUUGGGGUUGUUUUGACCCAGAAGGCACUGGGAGUCCCACAUUACAGAGCACACGCACAGCUCAACACAGCCAUUUCCCUGGCCAGAGGCACCAAGACUGAAGUUCAGGCCCUUAGACACUAGGUGGCAGCGGUGUGGCUGUGCAGAGCCAAGGAUGAACCUGAGAGCUUGUUUGCCUCUGGCUGAGCAUUGUUUUGAAUUCCUUUGCCCUUAUCGUGUAGUCCACGGCCUUGGUGACCAAGGACCACCUGGCUAGCCUGCUUACAUGCAUGACCCCAUCCAGGUUCACAGGUAUUGCCACUGAGUGAUCUUAGGUAGAUCACUGCUCCUGGAGAAGCAGAGUUGAGGAGUGUAAGACAAGGGCCAUCUAGUGCCAAUGUUCCUUGAUUCUUAUUUUAGGAGCUACUAUGUGGUCUUUCUGUAAACAAGUGAACAACCAAUGAGACUAAGUAUUUGCAAUAGAUAGGCUAAGGAAUUUGGGUUGAGACAGGAGAGGGAGGAAAAAUGCUUUGAUACAAUGACAGAUUGUUAGUCUCUUCAGAUUUCCCUGAAUAUUUUCCAUCCCGACAAUAUGCCUCUUAGAUACUUGCAGAUUAGACAUGUCUCUGGAUGGACCACAAGAUACAUUCACAACAUGUGUUCAGCCUUGAGCCCUGGCUGUGUCCUGUCUGGAAGGAACUGAGGAUGAUGUGGCUAUAAAGAGGCGGCAGUGAGCUGGCAUGUGACUGCCUUCUGUGGGCCUGACCUGUUUGACAUUUGAGGGUCUAUGAUGUGCUAGGUGCUAUGUUAGUUACUUCCAAAUGCUUUAUCUCAUUUUACCCCAGUGCAAAUGUGAUAUAGUGAGGAUGGUGAAGACGUGGGUACAGUUAAGUCAUGAGUUCAGAUCCCGUGCUUCCAAUUACAUGGGUGUUUUCAAACAAGUCACUACUUAUGAGUUUCCUCAUCUGUGAAGGGAAGUUUAGUCAUCUGUUUCUAUGUGGAGACACACAGGAUUGAGGGAGUCCUCCGUCACAGGGUGAUUGUCUGGAUUCUAUGAGGAAAUACUUGGAAAGCAUGCAGCACAAUGCCUGGGGUGCAGCUGAAGCUGAGCCACUGGUAUUUCUUCACAGUAUCUCUGUGGGGAGGGUGUAUUAUUCUUUUUUAUAGGGAUCUCUAUAAUGAAGUGAGAACCUUGAAAAUAUAAGUGUUAUCCUAGAUGGGAGGUGUUAAAGGUUUUUGCCUUGGGAAUUGUCAUAUUUGUUGCACAGCAAGUAAGGACUUUCAGAAAAGCAGGGACGUGGUGAGGAAGAGCAGGCAAUAGAGAGCAGGGAGGAAAGGCUAAGUAGCAUCUGGAACUUGAGAGGUCUAAGGGAGCCAAAAUGAGAUUUUCUAUUAAAAAUGUCUAUCCUCAGCCGGGCGUGGUGGCUCACGCCUGUAAUCCCAGCACUCUGGGGGGUCGAGAUGGGCAGAUCACCUGAGGUCAGGAGUUCGAGACCAGCCUGACCAAUAUGGAGAAACCCCGUCUCUACUAAAAAUACAAAAUUAGUUGCGCGUGGUGGUGGGCGCCUGUAAUCCCAGCUACUCAGGAGCCUGAGGCAGGAGAAUCACUUAAACCCAGGAGGCGGAGGUUGCAGUGAGCCGAGAUCACGCCAUUGCACUCCAGCCUGGGCAACAAGAGCGAAACUCCGCCUAAAAAAAGAAAAAAAAGAAAAAGUCUAUCCUCUAUGCUACUGGCCUGUUUGUACAAAGAUAAAAUCAUUCUAAUUUGUCCUGAAUGACUAUCAAAGAUGAUCAAAUCCCCAGGGCCUGGUGUAAAGUUCCAAAUCAUAGCACAAAUACAGCUUGACCUUCCUUACAGUCCAGAAAGGACAUUCUCCCUGAGAAAUGCCCUUGGUUGCUGAGGACAGCUCUGUCCUGUAGUGACAGAGUGACUGCCUGGCUGUGGCUCUUGGGUUCACAGAAUCCCUAAUCCUCCAAGCCCCUAAGAGGCAGGGCAGGGAUGCUACCCACAAUAUAUGCAGAACCCCAGAUGGAACCUGUGGGAGAGAGAGGAAAUUACCGUCUUCACUGUAGGCAAAGGAGAAUGGCUGUGAUUAGCCAUAUAUGCCUAUAAGAAGGAGCAGAGCCAUACUGUCCUUGUGGGUUGGGAGAGGGGACACAGAAUCCAGGGCAAUUGUCUGAGGUCUCAAAGUAAGUUAAGCCAGAGUCAAAGCCAAACUCCAAGUCUUGGCCAAGCGGAUGAGAAAAGCAAGGAGCCAGUCUUAUAGGUCAAGGAAGAUGAGGGAUAGUUAAGAGUCAUCAAUAUCAUAGAACAGGCCAGCAGGGCUUUAUUAGGUAUGUAGAACUAUUAUAAACCAAGGAUCUUGGGAGAUAUUAAUAUCUGCUGGCCAGACCUAAAAAAAAACUGAAGGCCCAUGGAAAGUGACUGGACUCACUGGAAAGUAUCUAACAAAUACUUUGGAUUCCAAAGUAUUUCCAAUACCUUGAAGAUUCCUUUGAAAACAUCAAAGCACAAACUCAAAUCUGCACAAGAUUACAAAAGCACAAUUUUGGUCAGUGUUAUUUUUAGAAUGCAAUACACAAAGCUGUGUUCAUUUCUCUCAGCAAGCAUUUUCCUGGGUAGUAGUAAUAGCUUAGGAAUCAAAUGCCACUUUUGUUUUUCCUUUUUUCACUAGUUUGAAAUACCACAAAUCACAGGUGAGUCAGUCCUCCCAGAGGAAAAGACAGUCCUAGGGAGAAUCACAGGCCUGGCAGACAAGACCACACUGAGAGCAGUAGAAGGAACCUGCAUGCUUAAGGGACAGAGGACUGUGUUGUGUUCUCAUAAUAGACCCCUGGAUGAAGAAGUGGUUAAAAACCAACCCUCGAAAAACAAAAAUCCCUGGCUAAUCCUGAAAUAUAUUUAACUUGAAGUCUUUGGAUGACUUUUUUAAGGUUAAAAAAAUGUUUAGGAUUAUUAUAAAUCAAUAUUUAUAAACAAGCAACAAUGUAUUUGGAAUUUUUGUUUACCUGAUUAAAUAUGUUUUUGGUAUGUGUA